UCUCUGAAGCAGCCGCUACCGGCCGUAGCAGGAGCAGCGGCGGCAGCAGCGGCAGGAGACGUCCCCGCCAACACCAUUACUGAAGGGAGAGAAGAGGGGAAACAGAAGGGAAAGGGUCAGGACGAUACCGACCAGACCGCUCCCCCGUUCGUGAGGAGACACUCGAGCUCUCCCUCGACAGCCUCGCUGUCCAACGGCAGGUCCCAGCAGCGCACGAAGCAGAUCUUCCGCAGCUCCUCUAACCAGUCCCUCUCCCCCACCGGACCUCUGUCUCCCAUCGUAGACGGCAAGAUCCACGCCCCGCCUGCCCUGCCCAUCUCCAAGCCCUACUCCGAGACGGACCCAAACACCCCUCCACCCAUCAAGGUGCGCCCUGGCGACAUCUCAGGCAAGAUGCAUCAGACGUCGUCGCGCUUACUGCGCAUGACCGACGACGAUCGCCCUUUUACAAAGGACUUCAACGACCUCUUCGCUACCCUCAUAGUCAGCCUGCUCCCCCUGACGCCUCACCGCGUGCGGUUGACAAAGGUCGACUACACCUUCCUCUCCGAAGAUGCUAUCAACAACUUGGGCUCCCUCAAGUUCUCCCAGUCGAACCGCAUGCCUGAUCCCAAGGACCCGUCGCGCAUAGUCACGACGACGACGACGACGACCUUCUCCAUGGCCAAGGACAUGGCCCGGUCCAUCUGCCAGCGCUUCCUGGACGCACGCUUCAUCGAGAGCGCCGAUGGGAAGUAUCAGCAGGUCUACAACAUGAAGGGAUCGGUGUGGCAGCUGACUCCCAAGGGCGUGUCGGUGCUGGACACGUUCUGCUCGCGCAACGGCAUCCAGCAGAAGCAGGUUGGCGAGCUGCUGUCGUUGAUGCCCACCCAGCUGGUGACGCUGGAGCGUGAGCCCGAGUCUGACAAGGUGGUCGGCGACCGCAACACCAUCGAGGUCAUCUUCCGUCGCUUCGCCGGUGCCGAGGGCCGCAACAUGAAGGCCAACGCCAGCCAGGCCGACAGCGAGUCGCUCGUCGACUACCGCGAUGGCCUGACGGGCGUCAAGAUGGCCGCCGAGCGCCGGAUCAACGGCCGCACCUACCGCGAGACCCUGACGGGCAAGGCCGCCGCCGACUGGCUCCUCGACUGCUGCAGCAUCGUCGACCGCCGCGAGACGAUUGAGAUUGCCAGCCUGUUUGUCGAGUACCAGCUGCUGGAGCCCAUCGCUCAGGACCGCGGCUUCCUCUCCCAGAACCCCGGAUGCGCCGCCUUCCAGCCGACAAAGUACGCCGUCUACCAGCUCAGCCCGCGCGCCAAGGAGAUACUCAGCGGCGGCCACCGGAGCCGCCAUUCCGAUUCCGAGGGCGGCCACAGCGCCCACCGCAACGCCAUCACCCGCGACUCCAACACCCAGCGCCUCGACCGCAUCCUCAACGACGCCGCCCUCCGCCUCCUCUUCCGCGAGAACCUCCGCGAGACCCACUGCGAGGAGAACCUGUCCUUCUACCGCGACGUCGACGAGUUUGUCCGCCAGUGCAAGGCCACGACCCGCCUGGCCCAGAAGACGCCCAGCGCCACCUCGAUCGACAGCAUCAAGGAGAUCAUGGCCCAGGCUUACGGCAUCUACAACGCCUUCCUGGCCCCGGGCUCGCCCUGCGAGCUCAACAUUGACCACCAGCUGAGGAGCAACCUGGCCAUGCGCAUGACCAAGGCUGUGGGGCAGGACGUCACCAUGAUUGAGACUCUGCAAGAGGUCACCUCUCUGUUCGAGGAUGCUCAGAAUGCAGUCUUCAAACUGAUGGCUAGUGAUUCUGUCCCCAAAUUCCUGAGGACUCCCAAAUACGAGCACCACCUUCGCAACUAUGAACUCGACAGCAUCGGCGUUCCUGAGCGCAGCCAUUCUGGGUCCAAACGAAACUAG